GAAAGAUAGAGAGAGCGAAAGAAAGUAAGAGAGAGAAAGAGAGUUGCUGAGGUCUGACACAGCCACCACCAUUUGACAACCGCCAAGCUACCUUCUUUGGGCCUCCCCGCCGCCGACUCUUUUCCCCUUCCCCAAACAUCAACUUUGCUUCUUCUUCUCUCUUUCUUCUCCUCUUCCAUCUUUGGGAGUCAAAAACUCCGAAAACUAUUUCAGUUGUAAACCGAAAGGUGAAGCUAAUUAUAGCCUUUUUUUGACAGUACUCUCAGGUGUUUCGAUCAAUCUAUUUCCUCUUUCAUGUCUACUAUAUUCUGAUCAUCUUCUAAAGCAAUUGAUUGAUUAUUAUCAUUUUUGUUCUUCUUCUUAUUUCUCUUAGUUGGUUGAAUUCACCGUAACUUAUGUAACGCCUGUAUCACAGCUCCCUUAACCGCACAUAACCAAUAUGCUGCGGUAUCCAUAAAUCAUUCUCUCCGGCCCACAGAUUAUCAUCUAGACCUAUAUAUAUAUAUAUUUAUAUAUAUAUGUAUAUAAAUUCUUAAUAUCCAUGUCUGGUCUAGUCAGCUUAAGAGAGAAGGGUGGUUUUGAGUAACGAAAAUCUUGUUAGAUAUUAUUGCUGGGUGUGUGUAUUGUGUGAGAUUUUAUUGGAUUGUAUCUUACAGUUUGGAUAGUUUUGAUGAUGCUUGGCUUGGGUGUUAAUUGCUGAGAGGGUUUCUGGUUUUGUUUGGAGAGUGGUGGUGGUGGUAGGUGGAUGGAAACACCAUAUAUUUCUCAUGCAAGGAAACGGUAAUGAUCAAUUGCCGUUGGUUUUACAAUUUCGAUGGCAGAUUCUCAAAUCCGUUAGACUGACACGUUGAGUGGGUACUAGUCCAUCUUAUCUCAUUUCAGAGAACACCCCAAAAACGCUCCAAUAUAAUCCUUCUCUCUUUUUUAUUAUAUAACUCCCUUCAUGUACAGUCCUCAGAACUGUUAUUUGAUCCGUAUAUAGAGACAAAAAUCACAGCCCCAACACAGCAAGAAAAACCACACCAAUCCCAAUAUAACAAACAAACAGAUCGCGUACGUUUACACACAAACACCACUAUCAAACGGAUAGGCAAGAAGGUUCCGGAGCCAUGAACAACAAUAACAAGCAGAACCAAGAUCGAAGAGUUGUGAAGGCGGAGAAUCAACAGCAGCAGCAGCAGCAGCCGCCGCCGCCUCAUCAGCCUCAAAAAUGCCCGCGGUGUGAGUCCUUAAACACCAAGUUUUGCUAUUACAACAACUACAGCCUCUCUCAGCCCCGCUACUUCUGCAAGACCUGCCGGAGGUACUGGACCCAGGGUGGGACCCUCCGAAACGUCCCCGUUGGCGGCGGUUGUCGGAAGGGAAAGCGCGCCAAGACGACGUCGUCCUCCUCCUCCUCAGGCGACAGCUCUCGCCACUCUCAACCGCCGCAGCCGCAGCCGCAGCCUCCAGUACUACCGCAAGCCCAGCAAGCGGUACAGGCGCCGCAGAAUCUGAUGAUCGGUUCGAGCCCCAUGAUGAACUCUCAGUUACUCUACCCAGCUGCUGGCUCUGGGUAUUUGUCUUCCUUUGCGGCGAUUCAGUCUUCUUUUAACCAACCGCAGUCGUUUGCUCAAGCUCUUAUGAUCAAUUCCGGAAAUCACGACCAACUGGGAAGUUCUUCGUCUUCUUCUUCUUCGACUUUGAGUCUCUUGCAGGGUUUCAAUGAUCACAUCCCUUCUUCCUUCGGCUCGCAACAGCAGCACCAGAUUCCAGCGUCGGCCCAGUUUUAUCCAAGCCCGUCUGAUCAUCAUGAUCAGGAUCAAGGUGUGACGAUGAUUAAUCAAACGAGUGCAAAAUCUUCCUCUCAAGACUGGCAUCACAGCUUCAUGAUGAACAACACUUCUGAUCAAAGCGCCCUGUGGAACAUGGGAAACGCCAACACUACUACCGGUAACGUUCGUAGGAACACAACCAGUAGUACUUCUGAUCAUGAUCAUCAGCCUUCUUUUAGCCCAAACCAAUGGCCUGAUCUGCCAGGAUCAUAUGGCCCUCCUCCGUAAUGAUCAUCAUGUGAUGAUGGUCAUGAUCAGAAAUGUUUCAUUUUUUGUUUUCCUUUUGCAGCGCCUUUGUAUACAAAUGGAAAUAACCCAUAUUGAAUCUCAUUUGCGAAACUUGUUUUUUCAUGUCAAUGUAUACCUUGGUUGUAUUUGGUGGUUAGGGAAUGAUAUAUGAAGAUUAUAUAUAGAGUUUUUCUGGAACAUAGAUUAGAGGGGAUUUUUGUGUUGUGGGUAUGUAUGUAUUCAGUGUAAAAAGGAAGACUAAUAUAGAGGCCAUCAUCACCUUUGUUCUUAUAUUAUAGAGAAAAUUGAUA